AUUAAUCGAGGGAGGGAAAGCUCCUAAAUAAAAAAAUAAAAAAAAAGAGUCAUCUAAUUUUCCUCUAAAGCUCAAGUUAGAAAAUGCUUCGCAGAUGUUAAUAAUGGAGAUUCAUGAGCUUCAUAAAGAGAAAGAUUAAGGAGGAGAGUUUUUCCUUUUCCAUAUGCUUGGUUUAUCGUCAUGUGAUCAUCUCUCCUUUGCUUCUUCGUAUGGAGAUAAUAUUUUAUGUGAUGCUAGGAGACUUAUGAUUUGUUGUCAGAGAGGAUCCUCCCUGUUAUGCAGACAGGUGGUGUAAUUUUGCUUGAUCGGGAGCAAUCGUGGAAGCAAAGUAGGUAUGCAGUAAGAAGGAAAUGACUAAACACUUGCCAGAUUGACGAGGUUUGUCAUUAUACUCUUUUGAACAACGAGAGAAUGGAUCGAGCUCGACCUUACGGAGGUGCCGUAGCACAUUAUGAUCUUUAUUAUAUAGAAACUAUAUUCUUAUCGAUGUGGUUUAUGGAUAUGAUAUAUCGACGACAUAGGAGCGCUGAUGUGUGUGUCAGUGAUAUGACGAAUACGUUAGUAUUCGAGUAACACACAAAAAAAUCCUCCUCCCUCGAUACCUACUACUACUACUGUGUCAUUUUUCACUCCUAGUUGUUGAUCAAAUCCGAUCCAAUCCGAACGGGUCCGAGAUGUAAAAUUAGCAUCCUGAUGAUGAGACCUAUUACGAAGCGGGUUGACAUCAAGAACCGGAUUUUUAAUCCUCGAGUCCGGGUGGAGGGUAUCGUGCAGGGAGGAGGCCGACGAAAUCGAGGAGGGUUAAGUGUAAAAUCCAGGUUCCGAGAGGGUUCGAAACCCAACUGUCGAUUCCUUUCUUCUGGGGGCAAAAGCGGCCUUUUCCCCGGCGGUGGUCCGCGUCUCUUCGGCUGCAUCCCCCGGUGCCGCAGAGGAGUGAGCCACCGAUGUCCGACCGAACCAAGCCAAGAAAACCCAAGCCUUCCUCCUCAUCCCCACCUCCUUCCCCUACCAUAGCCCUAACCCUAAAGAUGGCUCGCCGGUCCCUCCUCAAGCCCACCCUCGCCACCGCCUUUCUCUCUCUCCUCUUCCUCUACGCCCUUUUCCACACCCUGCUGACUCCCUCCCCCUCCCCCUCCCCCUCCGCUGCCAUCGGCCUUUCUCCUUCUCCUCCUUCGGCUCCCAAGAUUUACCUCUACGGCCUCCCCUCCAAGUUCACCUACGGCGUCGUCCGUAGCUACCUCCGCGCCCGCGGCUCCCCGGUCCCCGCCAACGACGCCGACAUCCGAUAUCCCGGUCACCAGCACUCCGCCGAGUGGUGGCUCCUAUCCGAUCUCGCCCGUCCCCCCACUGCCCGGUCCCCUAACUCACCCCUCCGGCUCACCCUCGACCCCGACGAAGCAGACCUCUUCUACGUGCCCUUCUUCUCCUCACUCAGCCUUGUCGUCAACCCGAUCCGUCCCGGCGGCAGUGACAUACCGGGCGGCGGCGGCGGCGGCUCUAUGGCGUACAGCGACGAGGGGACGCAGGAGGAGCUGGUGGAGUGGCUCGAAGGGCAGGAAUACUGGAGGCGUAACAGGGGGAGGGAUCAUGUGAUCGCGUGCCAGGAUCCGAAUGCGCUCUACAGGGUGAUAGAUCGGGUGAGGAAUGCGGUGCUCCUGGUGUCGGACUUCGGGAGGCUCAGGGCCGAUCAGGCAUCGCUUAUUAAAGAUGUUAUAUUGCCGUAUUCUCACCGUAUCAACUCCUACAAGAGGGACGUUGGGGUAGAAGGCCGGCAUUCGCUUCUUUUUUUCAUGGGAAACCGGUACCGGAAGGAGGGUGGAAAAGUACGUGAUACUCUUUUCCAAAUACUUGAAGAUGAGAAGGAUGUUGUCAUAAAACAUGGAACACAGUCCAGGGAGAGUAGACGCAUGGCAACACAAGGGAUGCACUCAUCUAAGUUCUGCUUACAUCCUGCAGGAGAUACCCCUUCAGCUUGCAGGUUAUUUGAUGCAAUUGUUAGUUUAUGCAUCCCGGUGAUAGUAAGUGACUACAUCGAGUUACCUUUUGAAGAUGUUAUAAACUACAAGAAGAUUGCGAUAUUUGUAGAUACUAUUAGUGCAGUGAAGCCAGGAUACCUAGUUUCAAAGAUCAGGAAAGUCAGCAAUGAGAGGAUUUUGCAAUAUCAGCAAGAACUUAAAAUGGUGAAAUGGUACUUUGAAUAUGAAGAUCCAAAUGGAACUGUAAAUGAGAUAUGGCGUCAAGUUUCUUCAAAAGUUCCUCUAAUAAAACUGAUGAUCAACCGUGACAAACGUCUUGUCCAGAGAGGCCAUGAUCCCGACUGUUCUUGUAUAUGUUCCAAACAGAAUGGGACUAUCAGUAUCAGAAAAUGAGUCCAGAAGAUUAGAAGGCUCAACACCUCAAAGCACGGCAGGAGAUUUAUUUCAGAUCGGAAGACGAAAUUUCAGUUUGAUACCAAGUGACUGUACGUGUGUCUGACUACUUUUAUUCAGGGAGAAAUAUUGUUUUUUGUUGUUAAAGUUAAUUCUUUCAUUAUUUGUGCCUUAUAAUACGUCGAAGCAUUUCCCUUUGUUUCCAGUAUGAGUGGAUGAACGGUCUGCAAGUAUGUGGAACCAACCAAAGUUUCCUUCUAGGCCCUCUUGGAAAUAACAUUUUCUGUUGCAGUUUUAUA